CCUUCCAUCACCAUCAAUUCCUUCGUCGUCGCCGUCUUUGCCAUUGUUGUAUCUGCAGUCGUCCUAUCUUCUCUUAGCCUCUACUCGCCAUUCAAAUACAUACCAAGGCAACUGAACUACAUCCACCAUGUCCAGCCCCGGAGAUUCUGGAAAGGGCUUCACUUACACCGGGUCCGGCACCAACAGCCAGGGCAACCACUGGUGCUCCCGUGACUACGGCACUGGCUCCGACUCCAACGGUUAUGGCCGCGGCGAUGCCUACCACUACAGCAACCGCAAUGGCUCGUACUACUACUCCAACUCGGAUGGAAGCACCUACUACAACGACGGUAAAGGUGGCGCGGUUUACACCCCUCCAGGUGAAAAAAAGUAG